CUUACCUAGUGUACGCUGCAAUUAAGCUUACGCGACGCCAUUCCUUCGCGUCGGGAGAUGUCGGGAUGCCGGCGUACAGACAAGCGACAAAAAAGGCAGAUGACGCAUUCUUCCGGCACUGACUCCCGAAACGCCGGUGCUCUCUCUCUUCUUCAAGUUGAACGAAAUUCAUCCUUAACAUGGCCAGUGCAAAGAUCGCGACACUGUUAAUCCGAACUAUCGCGAAGCCAAUAAGUUCCACCCUCAAGGAGCAAGCUAAAAAGCAUGACCGUUUUCGAACAUUCUGUGUCUCAUUGGCCCAAGGAAUGUACCGCGCUGAAGUAAGACUGAGGACUGGGCUACUCGGAGAGCCAGUAAAACACAUACGUCCACUUUCCGAACAAAAAGCUAUAGACAAUGGGGCAAACGCAUUAGCAGAAGGAUUCCUAUUCGGUGUAGCGGCACUCCUAAUCAUAGGAGAAACAUGGCGGUCAUCGCGAAGUCAAUCGAAACGUAGAGACGACGUGGACGACAAGUUGGACGACCUGGGGACGCAAGUGGCAGAACUGAAAACACGGAUGAACGUGCUCACAGAUCUGCUCGAGCAGAGGGACUUGGAGCAACAGCUGAGGAAUGACGAGCUCACGCGAAUAUUGGAGCGUGUAGUCGAAAUUGGGCUUCGAGGUGGAUGGGCAGAAUUUGAGGAUACGCCUCUUCAGUUUCCUCGUAUAUCUCUUGCGCCGCCAACUGCUUCUUCGGUCUCUCAUUCCCCUCUUUCCCCAGACGAUACCCGAAUAGAUGUGAAUACCCCAGACAAAGACUCGAAGUCCUCGGACGAUAAAUCCCCCUCUUCAUAAUGCUCACAUACUGUAUAACAAUCUAAUGCUGCUCCUUCAAUGACCCGGACUGGGGUCAAAACAUGUAUAAAAGGCAAAGCAAAAAUUAAGAUACUACUCAAAUGCUA